CGAGCUAGCUAGAUUUAUGCUGUUUAUUUUGUUUUCUUUUUCUCUCUUUUUAUCUGUUGUUUGAAAAUUUCAGAGCCAACGCAUGCACAUAACGUACAAUUAGUAUCCUUUUUGUGUCCGUCCCCCACCACCCAUCCACCGGCUUGCACUCGGACAGAGGAUGACAGUUUAACUAAAAAACCUUUUUCUCUUAUAAAAGAACAAAGAUAAGCCUUUUGACAUGGACACGUGGUAUUACCACAAAAUCCACAAUUGUAACCAGUGGUGGUGCUUAAUUUUUCUUUUUUUUUUUUUUUUGUUCAAGGUUCUUUAUUUUUCAAGAAAAAAGAACACCGCGUCAGACAGAUGUACACACUCGGUUUGGGUCAUACAAACCGUGUGAGAAACCACGUAAACAAAUGAAAAAAAAAAAAAAACAUUUCUUUUAAAACUAACUACUGAACUUUCUUGGCGUAGAUUUUCUUGGUCAUGACUUACGUAAUAUUUGCAUAGCAAAGUACUUGGAGACUGUACAAAGUCAAAUUGAAACAGCAAACAAUUGCUUUUUCAAAUUAAAAAACCUCAUUUCUCUAAACAAGUUCUCAACUGCGAAUUUUGUCUCACAAGGAAACUACAUACACACACAGAUGGCCAUGGAAAAAAGAUAAUAAUAAUAUAUAAGAUGCCAAGUCAAAUUAUCUUGUAAUGGACCCUACCUUUAAACAACAGCCCUUAACCAACAAGACCCUUGUGUAUAAAUAUGCAUAUCUUACCAGCAUAGCAAAGGCCAUCACCACCAACCCUCUCACAAUCAAGCUAGCCUUCUGUCUCCGGAUAAUAAUAUUCAAAACCCAAGUUCCAGAUACAUAUAUAUUAUUAGACAUGGCAAUGGUGACUGAAGGAUGCUCAACUGCAACAUCAAUGAAGCGUAUUUUCUCUGUGUUCGCUCUAUUUAUAUUGGUUUUGUCAACACAGAUGAUCAGUGUUGUCCACUGCAGAGCUCUUCGUUCGACGACUACUACUGUAAUCGCAGAUAAUUGCCAGCAGGCGAAUGGAGCUGAAUCAGCUUCUGGUGUAGCUUCAUUUUCUGUUUCCUCCAACAAUGCAAGCACUGCCUCUUCUGUGAGAAGCCUGAUGUAUCAAUUGGCUUCUGGACCCAGCAAGAAAGGCCCCGGCCAUUAACUAGCUACGAUUUUGGACAAACUGGAUCAAUUUUUUCCCUCUGUAUGUUCAUUUAGCCACAGUAGAGCUGUGAAUUUUUUUUUUUUUGCCUUUUUUCUUCUUUUUUUCUUUUUGCAUCCUAUAUUGAAAGGAUGAAUCUCAUAGAUUGAUACAUAUGUAAUUUGUUAGUACAUGUUACAGGAAUUAAUGACACACUUCUGAACGUAA